UUUUUUUCUUCGACGUAACCAAGAAACACAAAUCCAAACACAAUCGACAAUCUCAAAUCACUAUCUCCCUCAGUCUUCCCUCACUAAUCAAACUCUGUAACAAUCAUCUUGAAGUUGGUCCCUUGAAUCUCAUCUAUUUCUCUAUUUCGUGUCACUCAUUGGAAAACUAUGGCUCCUAAGACUCGCUUCGCCGGAAAAACAAACAAGGAAGGUGCGCCGGAGAAGAAGAAGAAGAACGAGUCUGCGGCGGAGAAGAAGAAAGCUGCGGCGGAGAAGAAGAAAGCUGCGGCGGUGAAGAAGAAAGCUGCGGCGGUGAAGAAGAAAGCUGCAGCGGUGAAGAGGAGGAGAGUAUCCGUGAAAAAAAAAAGAGAUGCAGCAAAGAAGAAGACUGAAACCGCAGAAAAGAAGAGGAAGCAAGACUCAUCUUCGUCGGAGUCUUCAUCCAAUCCAACCAAGCGGCGUCGGACCGCAUCUUCACCAGAACAACAUUCCGAUCCCGAUCAUUCCCGGCACCAUCAGCGGAAUUGCUUUCUCAGGAUGAUAGAGAGGGUACGCCAAGCCCAUCAUUUCCAAUUGAGCCACAAAAAGCACCUACUCAAACACCCAGUGAGGCGGAGAAUCCACUGCAAGCUCCAAUAACUUCUAACAACAGAGAGGAUCCCAACAGAGAGUCACACUCACCAGAGGCUGCCAUUAACAAUGAAGCGCAAAGAACGAUUGGAUCUAACAACAGUGAUUCAAACCCACCUGAGGCUGCCAUUGGAUCUGCUACCAUUGACAAUGACGCGCCAAGAACGGCUGGGGAGGAGAAUAUGGCCGUAGAACCAAUGAGACCUGUUGGUUUUUUCUUCAAGCCGAGUGAUUAUUGGACGGCUUGCAAGCUCUCCUUAAGGUGCCACCAACACGAUUUUCUGGAGACGAUUAAAGACUUUAAGGAGUCAGAGAAGAGUUGGUUUGAGAAUCACCCUCAGUUCAAGCAUUUAUUCCACAUGGAUUGUUGCGAGAAAAGAAAGGUUCAGGGAUUGUGGAUGUUGCUACUUCGUUGUAUGCAUACAGGAAAGGAGCGACAAGCUUGGUUUGGGGUAAACGGUGUUCCAAUUAGAUACUCUAUCAGGGAACAUGCCCUCCUCUCUGGUUUAUACUGCGGAUCAUACCCUGAAAACUAUCCGAUAAAAGGGAAGAUGAAGUUUGCAACAAAGCAUUUUAAGCACUUGCAGAAGAAGACUAAGGAGAAGAAUAGGAAGAAACAGGGACUGAGAGUGACAGAAGCGGAUGUCUUAGAGAAGCUUGAGAAGAUGGAAGCUGAUGAUGGUAGUGAUGAGCGUCUGAAGAUGGCGGUUCUUUAUUUUUUGACCAGAGUAAUAAGAGGAAGGAAAAGAAAUGCAUACUUCAUUGAGCCUUUCAUUCUCCAGGCAGUAGAUGAUCUGGAUUUUUGCAACAAGUUUCCAUGGGGCCGUUACACAUUUGAUGAUUGUAUGAAGGAGAUUUUCCACUUGAGGGAUCAUUUCGCUAAAGGGCUCCCAGAGAAUAAUAUGCAGUGGACAUUUCCUGGGUUUGUCAUCCCUUUGGAGAUAUUGGCUUUUGAAUGUAUCCCUGUCCUUAGGGAAAGUUUCAGAGAUCCUGAUCCAAACUGUCUCCCAGAUUGCCCAAGAAUGUGCAAAUGGAAGUACAAGAGGACUGGGACAACAGGAUUUGCAUUAGAAGAGAUUUAUAAGGCGCUUGGAAACACAAAGGUGAUUUCAAGUACGCUGAAACCACAGGGAGAUGAACUAGACCUCUUGUAUGAAAUCAUGGAUGAAGGGAGUGUGGAAGACGUGGAGCUGCAAGAUGAUUCAGAUAAGGCAGACAUAGCCGUUGACGGUUGGAACCGGAUCCUUAUAGAACCGGAAGGAAAAAUAUUUUGGGAGGAUCUAUUCGAGAUGGAUGUGAGAACCCGGCCUACCACACAGCAACAAUCUGAGCCUCAUGGUAUAUUCGAAGGACAGGAGGAAGAAAGGGUAUGUGAGGAACCCGAGGCAGGGGGCGAGGCAGGCCGUGAGAGUGUAAAAGAGUUGGAAUUGAGAUUGAACAAGAGAAUGGAUGACGGAUUUGCAUUGAGAGACGAAACAAUUCGUCUCUUGGCAGCACGAGUAAAGGAGUUGGAACAAGACAAGAUUCAAAGAGAAAAUUGGUCAUUCCAAUUUGGUGAAUAUGAAACAUGUGAGGCUUCAGGAGGCAAAGGAAGAGAUAAUAUGGGCAAUGGCAAUGAAGAUGGUGAGGCAGUGGCUGAGAAGGAUGGUGAGAAACAGGUCGAAGAAGAGGCUGAGAAGAAUGGCACGAAAGAGGCUGAGAAGGAUGGCGCGAAAGAGGCUGAGACAACACCUGAAGAUGCUGAGGGUGAAGAAGAAGCUGAUAAGGAUGGUAAGAAUAGCGAGUCAGAUGCUGUCACUGCAGCUGUACACACUCCUCUUCCUACUGAGACAACACCUGAAGAUGUUGAGGGUGAGGAAGAGGCUGCGAAAGAGGCUUAUGAGGUCGCUGGCAAUGAGGAUGAAGUAGGUCAGAAGGAGGGCGAGACAGAGGCUGACAAGGAGGGUGAAACUGAGGAAGGCAAGACAGAUGUGGAGGACUCGCCAUCUACUCUUCAAGUGAUGGCAGAAGCUGCGGAGAAACUCGAGAAAGAGGUUGAUGAUAAGGCUGCUGCAGAGAAAGCUGCUGCAGAGAAGGCUGCUGCAGAUUUAGCUGCUGCUGAAAAGGCAGCUAGUGAUAAGGAAAAAGUUGGUGAUCAGAAGGAGACCAGGCCAAAGAGGACCCAUAAACCUUCUCGUCCGCUCAGGUCUCCGUAUCAGAAAAACUAAUAGCUAUUUGGAAUAGCUUUUAAGAACUAAAACUUAUGUUCCAACUAAAACUUAUGACUUAUGUUUCUUUUGAUGCUAAUACUUAUGACUUAUGUUUUCUGUUGUGUUAAAACUUAUGACUUAUGUGGAUGUUGUGUUAAAACUUAUGACAUAUGUUUAUGUUCCUGUUUCUGUUGUA